UUUCAAAGCCUCUCUCGGCUGCGAAUUGGAGAUCGGUUUCUUGGCCGGAAAGAGCUGCCAGCCAGCCACAAGCGGUGUCGCCACUGCGCCCGGUGUGGUGUGGCUUCCUCCUCACCACAAGGCUCCCCUCCCCUUCCAUCUCUUCUUCCACCCCUUCACCUCGGCGUCGGACCACCACCAGACCACUCCUCCAAGCUUCAGCUUCAGCUUCAGCUCCGUGCUUCUCUUUACUCUCCUACUACACGUCCGGUGCCGUUCGAGCGUGGUGGUAAGCUUAGACCAGCCAUCGAGGGCAAAGGGCAUGGCGGCGGCUGUGUCCUUCUCCCGGGUGCGAGCUCUCCCGACGUGGUCCAGCUCCGUGUCCGGCGACGACCACCACGCCUACUCCUCCGUGCUGGCGAUGUCGGUGUCGGCGCGGCCCCGGUCCACCGGCGCGCGGCCGCUGCGGUCGCCGGCGCGGAUGAUGGGCAACGUGAACGAGGGCAAGGGGCUGUUCGCGCCGCUCGUGGUGGUGACGCGCAACAUCGUCGGCCGCAAGCGCUUCAACCAGCUCAGGGGGAAGGCAAUCGCGCUGCACUCGCAGGUUAUCAAUGAGUUCUGCAAGGCCAUCGGCGCCGACAACAAGCAGCGGCAGGGCCUCAUCCGCCUCGCCAAGAAGAACGGAGAGAAGCUCGGAUUCCUUGCCUGAUCUAUCUGAUGGGCGCCCACGAAUCCACGAUGACGUUGAUACGUAUAUGUAAUGAUAUAUAUAUAAGUAUUCCAUCAUCGAGUAGUGACGGACAAUGAUACCUUCUUGCUUUGCUCGAAAUCCUCUAUUAAGUGGUAGCUAGUACAUGUCAUUGGUGUGAUGAUGCUUCAAUUCAGCUUCUGAUGCUUGGUUGUCGAUCUUGCAGCUAGCUGCUUGCUUGCUUCAUUCCUGCAGAAAUCACUGUUACGUGUUGGACGUUGCAUUCUCGCCAAAUGGAUGAUGCACCGCAUCUUUUUUUC